UAGAAUAAUAUGAAACUUCCAAAAAUGUAUUUAUGUUAGCAGCAGUGUUAUUUUAUAAUUUAAUUGGCCCACGCAAGUACCAGCAGGUAAAGUGUCACAGUCAACUUCAAAAGUGAUUAUUAGUAUUUAAGAAAAGAAAGAAUAGUUGUCAAAAUCUAAUUAACCUUUUCUUUCCUCGUUAAUUUUUUAUUCUUUAGAAAAAAAAUAAAAAAAUUCUGAUGAGGGUAUUUCGUUUCGUGAUUGGUUGAUGCUUGUGUUUUACUUGUUGUGUUAAAGGCCUUGAGGGGCAGAGCAUUAUUUAUCACCUAACUCUGAUGAGUGGAUGCCUUGUUAUUAUCUCACAAUUCCAUGUGCGCUUUGCUUCUUUUUCUCUCUGUGCAACUCAAUCAACUCCCUUUAACUUCAAUUCAACUUCUUUGUUGUUUUUCUCUUUCUUUGCCAUUAUGUAAGUUGACAUUCAUUAAAGCUCAAGGCCAAUCAUGCUAUUUCCAGGUUUGAUGAUUAAAUGCUAGUAAUACAUUAUCCGUGUCUUACUCCCUAACUUGAUCCAGAUUGGCUCUACUCUAGAAAUAGCAAUUCCACUCGGCAAAUCUCUUGCUAAAGAUGUUGAGUUUUCUUGGAAAGUUCACAUCUUUGUUUAUGCUUUAGAGCGGUAGCUAAUGGGUUGGAGUUAUAAUUUUGAUUUAUCAAAGAAAACACACAUCUUUCAUCUCAAGGUGUGGGUUUUAGUGAGCAUCUUCGUAGUGGUUGCUACUGUAUUGCUGGUAUGGCGUUGUAAGAAAUGUAGGAAGAAGAAUUCAGUUGUGAUGAUCCCAAGUGUAUCGAGAGAGAUGAAAGAAAUAAGGGUAGAGGGCAUCCAUGAUGUGGAUUACUUAAAUAAAGAUUGUGAUAAACUUUUGAUGCAUGAUUCGAGCGCCGGUCUCCCUGAGCACUGGUUCACACUGAGGGAUCUGGAGAUGGCAACAAACAAGUUUUCAAAGGAAAAUGUAAUUGGGGAGGGUGGAUAUGGAAUUGUUUAUAGUGGCCAACUCAUCAAUGCUACUGUUGUAGCUGUGAAAAGACUUGUCAACAAUUUAGGACAGGCAGAGAAGGAAUUUAGGGUGGAAGUUGAAGCCAUCGGUCAUGUAAGGCAUAAAAACUUGGUCCGACUUUUGGGCUAUUGUGUUGAAGGCACUCACAGAUUGCUGGUAUACGAGUACGUGAACAACGGGAACCUUGAUCAAUGGCUUCAUGGAGCUCGUGGGCAGCUUACAUGGGAGGGACGAAUGAAGAUCCUGCUGGGCACAGCUAAGGGUCUUGCAUAUCUGCAUGAUGCAAUUGAGCCCAAAGUGGUUCAUCGAGACAUUAAAGCAAGCAAUAUAUUGAUUGAUGAGGAUUUCAAUGCUAAAAUAUCUGAUUUUGGACUGGCCAAGUUGCUGGGUGCUGGAAAGACUCAUAUUGUAACAAGAGUUAUGGGCACCUUUGGAUAUGUUGCUCCAGAAUAUGCAAGCAGUGGGUUCCUAAACGAGAAGAGUGAUGUGUAUAGCUUUGGGGUUUUGCUUUUGGAGACGAUAACCGGGAGAGAUCCCAUGGAUGCUCAUGAGAAGAACCUGGUGGACUGGCUCAAGAUGAUGGUCGCAGCCAAACAGGCAGACCAAGUAGUCGACCCCAAUCUCCACGCCAGGCCGUCUACCUCUGCCCUUAAACGAGCUCUUUUGACUGCCUUGAGGUGUGUGGAUCCCAAUGCCCAACAAAGACCUACAAUGACCCAGGUCGUCCGAAUGCUCGACUCAAACCAAUAUCCAAUACCAAGAUACCCUCGUACCACCACAUAGCAUAACCCUUCUUUCUUUUAUUACUUCAAUCUAUACUUUAUACACUAUUCUUCUUCUUCUAAUAAUAAUCACAUCAAACCAUUUAUA